AUGGCGCCUAUGCUGUCACCCAGGCAGGCGGAAGAGCUUCACAAAUCCAUCAUCGCAUAUCUCUUGGCCAACAACCUCCCCAAUGCCGCCGCCGCACUCCGGGCUGAGAUCAACCUCGGCGAGGACGUCUUCGACGCAGCCACCGCGAAGAAAUACGAGACAUUGCUAGAGAAGAAAUGGACGAGCAUUGUGCGGCUACAGAAAAAGGCACGUUGGCGGAUCAUGGAUCUCGAAAGCCGGAACGAGUCCUUGCAAACCGAACUCGACAGCGCGACGCCCAGCUCCCUCUCAAAACGAAACGACCCCGCAUCCUGGCUACCCAAGGCCCCUCCCCGCCAUGUCCUGGAAUCUCACCGAGAGACCAUCAACUGCGUCGCAUUCCAUCCCAUCUUCUCCUCGAUCGCCUCUGGGUCCGACGACUACACAAUCAAAAUCUGGGACUGGGAAUUGGGAGAGCUGGAAAGGACGAUCAAGGGCCAUACAAGGGCUGUGCUGGACGUUGACUACGGUGGUCCCCGCGGCGGUUAUCUACUGGCGUCCUGCAGCUCAGAUCUGACCAUCAAGCUGUGGGAUCCAGCCGACGAUUACAAGAACAUCCGGACUCUGCCAGGCCACGACCAUAGCGUCAGCGCUAUUCGCUUCAUUCCUUCGGGCGCUGCGGGCGCACCGUCUUCCGGAACCUUGCUCGUUAGCGCGAGUCGAGACAAGACACUCAGGAUAUGGGAUGUUACCACUGGGUACUGCGUGAAGACAAUCAAUGGCCAUGCUGGCUGGGUCCGAGAUGUGUGUCCAUCUGUUGAUGGGCGCUAUCUUGUCUCUACCGGUGAUGACAUGUCUGUUCGACUCUGGGACGUCUCCAUCCCAGAGCCGGAGGCCAAACAGAUCAUGUUCGGCCAUGAGCACGUCAACGAAUGCUGCACAAUUGCUCCGCCCUCGACAUACAAAUACUUGGCCCCGCUGGCCGGAAUGAAGAAGCCUCCACCUGCGAGCAGCACGGCAGAAUUCAUAGCCUCGGGGUCUCGAGAUAAGACGAUACGAAUUUGGGACGCUCGCGGAACGUGUCUCCUAACGUUAAUUGGCCACGACAACUGGGUGCGGUCAAUCCUAUUUCACCCCAGUGGCAAGUAUCUCCUUUCGGUGUCAGACGACAAGACGUUGAGGUGCUGGGAUCUUAGCCAAGAUGGCAAAUGUGUCAAGGUGCUUGCGGACGUCCAUGAGCGGUUCAUCACUUGCUUAAGAUGGGCACCCGGUAUUGUCAAGAGUAGCGGUCCCGUUGAGCCGGAGAAUGGAGAAGUUGGGACCCCAACAAAGCGGAAUGGUAUCGAGAGGGCUGCCCCUGAGGUGCAGAUUCGGUGCAUCAUCGCCACGGGAGGUGUAGACCAGAAGCUGAGAAUCUUCGCGAACUGA